AUGGAUAGACACUUCUACUACUCCAGCUUGGCCUCCAACAGGAUGGGCGGCUUCAAUCCACGCCCGGGUAUGGGCUUCAUCUGGGGCCUCAUUGGUGCCAACGUCGCCGUCUUUGCCGCAGUUCAUGCAAGCCCUUCGCAGUCUCGGAAGCUGACACGAGAAUUGCCUAUGAGCCUUCAGAGCAUUCGGGAAGGCAAAUAUUGGACCAUCAUCACAUCCGGCUUCACACAUUUUAGUGGAUAUCACCUUCUGGGAAAUAUGUUCACCUUGCAUGCAUUCGGUCGUGUCCUCGUUUACGGCGCGAGACUCCCUCUCCUCAACCUCAUCAUUCUGUCUGUUGGCUCGCUUAUAUCUGGAAGCGCUUUCUUCCUCGCGCACGAGAAACGACGCGAACGGCCUUACCGCAUGGUUCAAGGCAUCGGCGCUAGUGGAAUGGUCAUGGGUCUCGGCGCUGCUGCUGCCUGUUUAGUACCGAGAACAAUGAUGCUAGUCGCUUUCUUCCCAGCACCGCUCUGGCUUGUUGUUAGCGGGUACUUUGCGUAUGACUAUUGGUAUCUCAACCAACACACUGGAACAGCACAUUCGGGACAUCUUGGAGGUCUAGGUUUUGGCCUGCUCUACUACGUCCUAAGCCUUCGAAGGUUCGGAGGCGUUCUGGGGCUGCGGGUCAUUAAACCACAGAAUUGGCGAGGAGUGAGGUGA